AUGCAAGACGGCAGGGCUCCUCGUAUUAAAAACCGUGCCCCGGCUGCUAUUCAGGUCACUGCAGAGCAGCUCUUGCGAGAUGCUCAAGAGCGCCAAGAAUCGCAGUUCCGCGCACCCAAGCAGCGAGUAGAGGACUUCGAAGAGCUUCAUGAGUAUAGAGGCCGGAAGCGUGAGGAGUUUGAGAAGCGUAUUAGGCAGACAAGGGGGAGCAUUAAAGAAUGGCUUCAAUAUGCUAAUUGGGAGGCAAGCCAAGGCGAAUACGCACGCUCUCGAUCCGUCUUCGAGCGAGCGUUAGACGUGGACCCUCGCAGCGUUCAGCUAUGGCUCAGCUAUACAGAAAUGGAGCUGAAGGGGCGAAAUGUCCAGCACGCAAGAAACCUGUUCGACCGUGCCGUCACACUUCUUCCACGGGUCGAUCAGCUCUGGUACAAGUACGUAUACCUUGAAGAACUUCUGCAGAACGUUCCUGGUGCUCGUCAGGUCUUCGAGCGGUGGAUGCAGUGGGAGCCGGACGACAAGGCUUGGCAGGCGUACAUCAAGAUGGAACAGCGAUAUGACGAGUUGGACCGAGCUAGCGCUAUCUAUGAGCGAUGGGUCGCCGUUCGCCCUGAACCUCGAGUAUGGGUGAAGUGGGGCAAAUAUGAGGAGGAGCGUAGUCGUUUGGACAAGGCUCGUGAAGUCUUCCGGACAGCCCUUGAGUUCUUUGGGGACGAUGAGGAGCAGGUCGAAAAGGCGCAAGCCGUGUUCAACGCCUUCGCAAAGAUGGAGACCCGCCUAAAAGAGUAUGAGCGUGCGCGCGUCAUUUAUAAGUUUGCGCUCUCCCGUUUGCCAAGGUCGAAAUCUGCCGCCCUCUACGCUGCAUAUACCAAAUUUGAGAAGCAGCAUGGCACGAAAACCACGCUCGAAUCCACGGUCCUCGGCAAGAGACGCAUCCAGUACGAAGACGAAUUGGCACAAGACGGCAGGAGCUAUGACGUGUGGUUCGACUAUACUCGUCUGGAAGAAGGUGCCCUCAAGGAUCUUCAGGAGGAAGGUAUUACCUCUGGAGAGGAGGAAGCCACGAUUAAUCGGGUACGCGAGGUCCAUGAACGUGCCGUCGCUCAGGUACCUCCUGGAAAUGAAAAGCGGUAUUGGCGGCGAUACAUCUUCCUUUGGCUCAACUAUGCGCUAUUUGAAGAGAUUGAGACGAAAGAUUACGACAGGGCUCGACAGAUUUAUCAGACCGCCCUCAAGCUCAUCCCCCACAAACAGUUCACAUUCGCAAAGCUCUGGCUGAUGUAUUCACAGUUCGAGCUGAGGCGCUUGGAUCUACCUGCCGCAAGAAAGGCUCUCGGUGUUGCUAUCGGCAUGUGCCCGAAAGAAAAGCUGUUCAACGGGUAUAUCCAACUAGAGUUCGACCUGCGAGAAUUUGAUCGUGUCCGGACGCUCUAUGAGAAGUAUAUUGAGUACGACCCGACGAACUCGUCGGCCUGGAUCAAGUAUGCUGAGCUCGAGACUCAACUGGAGGAUUUCAGUCGGACACGAGCCAUUCUCGAGCUCGGCAUCUCACAAUCACAGUUGUCUAUGCCUGAGCUUCUUUGGAAGGCGUACAUUGACUUCGAGACCGAGGAAGGGGAACGUGAGAAGGCGCGUAGCCUGUACGAGCGACUGCUCAACCUCAGCGGGCAUGUCAAAGUCUGGAUCUCGUAUGCUCUCUUCGAGGCAACUCCUCUUCCUAUUCCCCGUACCGAGCGCGAAGAACUUGAUGAGGAGACUGAAGACAUUCCAAUGAUGGAAGGGGAUGUCGAGCUUGCAAGGCGGGUGUUCGACCGGGCAUACAGAGACCUGAAGAGCAAGGGCCUAAAGGCAGAGCGUGUGGCACUGCUUGAGAGUUGGAAAGCUUUUGAAGAGACGAAUGGUACAUCGGACGACGUAGACAAGGUGCAGAAGAUGUUCCCAAUCGUCAGCAAGAAACGUAGGGUGGACGAGACCGGCCAAGUUGUGGAAGACUGGGAUAUGGUUUUUGCCGACGAUGAAAGGGAAUCCAACCCCGCUACGUUCAAGUUCCUGCAAUUCGCGCAUCAGUGGGCCCAGGCCAAGAAAUCAGGCGCUGCCCCAUCCACUGUCUUGCCUUUGGCACCAUCUGGCAACACUCAGGAGGGGGAGCAGGCGAGUGGUUCAUCAAACGACUCGCAGGGCAAAGCUGUGGGCGAAGCAGACGCAGACGAUCCCGGCAGCGACGUGGCUAGCUCACAGGGUGACGAUGACUGAUCUAUUGUACUCUCAGUAUCCUGUUGUAUCUCUUUAUACUUAAUGUUGGUACCCCGGUGCCCUACUAUAAAUAUCUUGCGAGAGAGCUGACUCGCUUUGCCUCGCCGAGAUUACU